UAUUAGGGGGCGGCAGUCUGAAACUAAUGUACUGAUUUUGUUUUGAUUUCUGUGCGUGUCUGCAAGGAUUUCAUGUUAUACCUAAGACAAUGACUUGAAGUAAUCAAAAAAGCUGAAACCAUGUAUCCGUUGUUUGAGCUAGUCCGCCUUAUAUCUUUUGGUCAUGAUGCCGGGGUGUCAAAAGUUAGCAUUGAGGGAUUUGCCUGGAGAGAGGUUGGGGAAGCAAAUUUAUUGGCUUUGGUGUGUUCAAACGGUUAUGUGGUCUUGCGCUAUUCGGUCAGUGGGAAGAGACCAGUAACACGGCAGUUGCCAUGGCAUGAUGAUAAACAAAUUGUGUCCCUUUGCUUUGAUCCUACAGCCACAUGGCUGCUUAUUUUAACAUUACAGUCUGAGCUGUUCAUUGUCCCAGCAUUAUCACUAUUGGACCCACUUGCACGAGUCAAUCAGCUAUGGAGACUUGAUGACAUCACUAGUUUGAGGAUCCAAACAUUACCAAGAGGUCCAUCUGUUGUGUGUUGGUGGCACACAUUAGAUGACUAUCAGAUUGCAAUAGUUGGAACGAAAGAAAGUAGGCUGUUGUUUGUGGACUUGAGGCGACAGGAUGUCCUGACAGAGAUGUCCGUGAACGGUACUGUAAGCGGAUUGGAGCUUGUUCAGGAUGAUGACCAGAUGUCCACACAUCUGCUGAUAACUUUGGAUAAUAAUGAGCAAUGGAAGUUGUUGUUGGAAUGUCAGACGUGUGCAGCAAAUUGGAAGAAGAUCCAGGAACAGGAUUGGACGGAUCUGGGAUAUGAUCAUGUGGACACAGCCAUUGUCAGUGUCAUCAACCAAACAGAUAUGAACAAACACUUGUUUUACCCUCUGAGAUUUUACCAGUUUACCUCACCUGUGUACUUGAGCCCACAGUACGCCAAAGGACGGCAUUUUAUCUCUGCUCACGAUGGCAGAAGUUGCCAGUAUCAGAUUUUGGACAGUGGUAUGGAGCAGUCUCCGUUAUUUGUGUAUCAGGUUCCUUUGGGAGCUGACAACCUGAUCUUCUCAGACAAAAUCAUUUUUUGUACCACCAAUGUGGGUGGCAAAAAACUUAAUAUUAUUUCUAAUCAGAGAGCUGAAACCUCUAUGGCUGAUCAACAGGUUUUCAACACGGAUGCCACCUUUCAACAAUUCACUCUAAGGCAGGAUGAAAAACUACUGGCUGUUCUUAAAAAGUCGUUCCCUUUCUACUGGCACGAGAAGAGGGAGGAAGAAGAAAAAGCCAGAGUGUCUCAGUCAGUGACAGGAAGCCAAGAUGUAACACUAGAUGAAGGGGCAGACAGCAUUCGUAUUACAACUCACACGGUUUUGGAUGGCUGUAUACUGGUGUCAAACUCAGCCGUAUAUGAGUGUAGACCAAGGGUUUCCCCAGAGAGGCUAUUUUUGGAUUUUGCUAUUCAGCAGAGCGGUCCAUCAGUAGCUGAGAAUCUUGGGAUAGGUCUUGGGCUUGAUGUGAACUCACUGUUUGAAUUGGUGGCGGAGUACAAGUUGGCCAAACAGGAGUACAGUCAAGCUAUCAAGCUAUACCAGCUGUCAAAGUGCUCUCAUGCCAAAAGGGUGGCAAGUUUUGCACGUCAUGGUUGCAUCCCUGAGGUUAUGACCUAUCUGAAGCAGGUUUUGACCAAUCAGAAAUCAGAUGUUAACACUGGUGAGAAGAAGCUGUUGGCAGACAUGGCACUCUACUGCUUUAUCCAUCAAAUACAGGAAAGUGGAAGCACCAGUGCAGCUCCUCUCCGGGCCUCAUUCAGGGAUUUCUUGAUGGGCAGUUUCUCUUACAAUGAAAAGACAGCCCUGGAACUUCUUGCAAAACAUAGAUUGAAUGACCUGCUGCUAGAGCUAGCAAAGGCAAGAGGGCUUAUUCUGGAGGCUCUUCAGUUGAUGGCUGAUGAUGGCAUCUUUGAUAUUGGAACAUUGUCUGCAGGGGCCUUAGUCACGAGGGGUUUUGGCUCACACCUGGCAAGAGUCAGUGAAGGCGCCUUCUUGGAUUGUAUGCCCCUGGAGGACAUGACAGAGUUACUGUCCAUUAGGCCUCAGCUGGCAGUGCAGCACAUGGACAAGUUAGAGCCCGUUCUACCUCAGCUUAACCAGGAACAACUCCUGAAAUUGGCCCAAAUCUUUGACCCCUCCAAACCUAUGAUCAGAGGCUACCUGAUCAGGGGUCAGAGAUCAAGGACACGAACGACCAGUAUUAGCUCUCUGGCAUCUUACAGUGGUGAAUUUGGAGAUAGUUUGUCUCAGGAUUCCAAUGUACCAGAUAUCUCUAGGUUGAUUCACUUCUUUCUCACUGUGAUCUUGAUACUGAAUGAAAAGCGCAAAAAAGCAGAUGGUGGUAAAGCACUGACGACCAUAUUGGAUGAGUCAUUAUUGGAUACUUCAAAGGAAUCUGAUGACUCACUGCCUGAAGAAAGGAGACUUUUAGCCUUGCAACCAUGGCCCAUAGGCUGUGGUCAGAAUCAUGCAGCCAUUGUGAGGAAUGGAGAUGUUUACACCUUUGGAAGGUCACAAUCUGGCAGACUAGGACAUGGAGAUCUUUCUCCCGAGAAUGUUGCAUGCCCAAUAACUCGAGUGGAGUCUUUGCACAUGCUCCAGAUUAAGGUGUUGUCAGUGGCGUGUGGAGGGGAGCACACUGUCGUUUUAACACAGCAAGGGGUGUAUAGUUGGGGCUCAUCAAGGUAUGGGCAGGUUGGUGUGGGAACGUCAAAUCAGACCUACAGUCGCCCGAUGUUGGUGGAGAAGUUGACAGACAUACAAGUUGUUAGCGUGGAUUGUGGACAGUACCAUUCACUUGCCCUCACAGCUAGUGGAUUAGUAUACAGCUGGGGAUGGGGUGUGCACGGUCAGCUGGGCCAUGGCACAGCAGAGGACUGUCUUGUGCCCACAAAAAUCUUUGCCUUGUCCUCGAAGAUGGUGACUCGAAUUUCAGCUGGUUACUGCCACACAGUCAUACUCACAGCUGAGGGAGAGGUCUGGACAUUUGGAUGUGGCUUGUUUGGACAGCUUGGUAUUGGCAGUGCGAAUAAAGAUUCCAUCCCAAAACGUGUGCGGGAUAUUCCAGGAAAAGUCACCCUUAUUGCCACAAAAUACUUCCACACGCUUGCUCUUUUGGCUAAUAACAAGCUGUUUACAUGGGGCUGUCAUCCAAUGGCGUUGCGACAAACAGCCCACAUGAUCAAGCGUCACAGGCAAGGCGCUGUUGGUCAUCAUCAGAAAGGUGUAGUGGAGAAGUUCAUGCUGCCAUACCUUGUCGACACCUCAUAUGUCCACUCCAAGAUAACACAGCUGUCUUGUGGGAGUUUACACAGUGCCUUAUUGACUAGUGAUGGAGAGGUAUACAUGUGGGGCAGGAACAUAGAUGGACAGCUCGGAACUGGAACAAGACAAGAGUCGCAAUACCCAGUGAUGUUAACAAGCAUCAAUGACAGGAGUAUUAGUCACCUCACCUGUGGUGGAGAGUUCAACAUUGCCAUGGAUACAGAUUUCCUUAUUUGGGUCUGGGGCAAAAAUGAAGCAGGUCAGUUGGGUAUAGGCCGGUCUGAAGGACAAAACAGACCUCACCCGAGCCGACAAUCCAUGAAGAAAAAUCCUUCCACCAUGAUGUAUGACAUUGUGCAGCCAACAACUCUCAAAGGUGUCCCAUCUGUACCCAUAGCAACAUCAUGGCAGCGUGCAGUGCGAUCUAUUUCAGUGGAAAGUUCAGAUUCUGAGUCAGGACUUUUGUGGUCAGUUGAGAGCUAUGAUGAGCGUGACCCACAAGUCACUCUGCCCCAGCUGGACAAGAUGACUGACCCACCCUACAGCCCCAAAGUACUGGCGAUAGUGUUGGAGUCUUUAGGAGAACGGUGUAACCUGCAGAAAUUGUGUAGAGACUGCCUGGAUUGCGAAGACUGGGCGUCUGCCGCUGAAGUACAAAUCUACCAACAAAAUUAUGCUCAGGCUCUAGGAUAUCAUCUCCGCCAUUUGUCUGACCAAAGGGAACACUUGGGCAGUUUGGAGGAAUUUCUUAAUCAGAGUCGGAAGGUUUUGGAUUAUCAUGUCAGGCAACUGAAGCAGUGUCCUCUAACUGAUCAACUGGAGAGGAUGAACUGGCGUGUUGUGUUGCUAGAGGUGAUGAACUUUUGGGAAGACAAUCACCUCCCUGUGGCACAUCUUGAAGCUUGGCUGCUUUUCCACUUGGACACAUUUGUACAACCCUUAAGUCUUAUGUUAUUCAGAGCUGAAGAACAAAAUCACUCCAACAGCAUUGGUAUUCCAAAACGCAUCCGAGGCAAGAUGAACACAACUUUCCAGCUGAUGGUGCUAUCCAAGUUCUUAACACAGAUUCAGACUGAAGAAUCUGCCGAUGAGGUCUCUGAUGUCUUUGGGGAGUGUUUAGCUCAGUCUGGUGAUUCCCAACAAGCACUGCCGCUAAAAUCUGGUGAUAAACUUAUCCCGUACGACAGGCUCUGGCAUGAGGUGUUGCAAAAUGUCCGAAAGGACUGGGACAUGCACAACUAUAUUUAUUUGACAGCCCGUGAUAUUGACAUUCUUCAGUUACAAGUCGGUAAACAGAAAAGCCAGUCAGCUUCUCAAAAUUCACAUCAAGAUUCUAGUGACACUGUCAAGGACGGGGAUGUUGUUGUCUUUUCUUGUGGACAUAAUUAUGCUAACAGUUUCUUUCAAAAGGAAAUUGUUCCAGAAUUGAAUCGUGACAUUGGUAUAGGUCCACUUGCUCUACCAAAAACAGCCACACUCCUAACCCAGUAUUAUAACAGAAGAGAUUUUAUUCCUAUGGCAUGUCCUAAGUGCGUGCUGACCACUGUGCAAGCCAUAAAAUAACUCAACAUGUCUUACAUGGCACUUAUCCUAAUCAUCAAAACCAUUUUUGAAAUGGUACCAUGUCUGUGAUGCUCUGAAGGAAGAUAUGGUGUAGAAUGAGAUUGCAGCUAAAAUUGGAGAGUGGUUUGAAAAGGCCUUCCAUAUUGCUAGCUUACCUGUGCAAU